ACUAGUAAUCGGUACACGAAAUAAAUAAACCUAAUUUCGGUUUAUAAUUCUUAUAUUUUUAAUUAACGAAUAUGUAAUAAAUGAUUUAUAUAUAAUUUGAAUGCUGAUAAGAAUGCUUGACUGGUAAAUGUUGAAUUAUUAUCGUGUAUGUGGGAUAUUAAUAUAAUUGUAAAAUGAGUCGGUACAACAUUAUCGAAAAUGGGAUCAGUAUUAUUAUUAUCGGUCGACGAUUUCGCGAAAACAAUUAAUGGGAUUAAAAUUAUAUAGAUUAGAGUUUUGUGUUAUGAAGUUUGAAGCGGCGGUUAAUCUAUCGAUUGGUGAUUAAUUUAGAUGGGAAAAUAUUUUUUGUUUGUUGGGAAUCGGAGAGCUAUCGUGACCGCAGGGUAUAGAGAAGCGUAAAUUGUUCUCCGGAUGAUAUUCAAAGUACCGUGUAUGUGAUGUAGGUUUAGUGGUCUAGGUAACUCGAAACGAAAAGGUCUAAAUGAAUUCAGUGGUGUGGCUUGGACGGUUUGUUUAAAUCAAAUGUCGUUUGGGUUUCCGAGUUUGAGUUCCAGUGGUUUUAGAGCGGAAGGGCGGAGACCAAAGGUAAAAUAGGGCAAAAGGGAUCUACAGCUAAAAAUCUCAUGUUAAAGUACAUUUAUACAUUUAUAUAUAUAUCUAACAAUAUGAGGGAAAUGUAAUCUCGAUUUAGAUUCACAUGUUUCCGUUUAGGUCAUCGAGUUAAAUUUUUUUACUACGUUUAAUAUAUAUAUAUUUAUAUUUAUACCAGAGUUUUCGAUUAACGUAAACCACAAGAGAAAUAAAAAGCUGGAGGACGAAAAUUGAAAUAUCAAUUUAUUUAAAAAUGGACUGUUUAUCUUGGGGAAAUUUAUUUUACAUUUGCUGAAACGAAAGACCGCAUGUCAGGAAGUCUUCAGCGACAUUUACGUGAAUUGACUUAUCCGGAUGACAGUGAAAUGGGUUUAUUCUUCGCAUUAGCAAUUCCCUUAGACGACCCGGUGUCGACGAAAGCUAUGUCAGUCGCGUUUUUUUUCGAAGCCAACUACGGACUCGUUAAAGCCCAAGAAUCAUUAGCAUCAGAGACCAGAAAACAGAGAACUGUCUCUUCAGAUCAUCAAUCAUUGACCCGCCUGACUGUCUACUCAAUUCUCGAAUCAAAAUUUCAAUCCUUAGGGCUGCCAGGUCGUGCAUGUUUAUUGCGUUCAAUCUGUGAAACGAGUAAGUUAUCUCUGCAUCGUCACAAUGGACUUAUCGGAGAUCUUCUUAGAAUUUUAUUAACGCCAUCUUCUUCGGCUAACGAGAACUUGCCAACUGAAUAUGUCCAGGCCGAACAACGACAAGCUGCGAGGAUCAACCAUCACUCGAACUCUGACACCGACAAUAAUGAUGAUGAUGAUCUUGAUGGCAAUGAUCUACAUCCUGAUGAUGAUAACAAGGAACCCAAUGAUUGCAGUACAAUUUAUCCCCUUUGUCCCAUUACUAUUUAUGACUUCAUUACCGUUCAAUGAUUGCCCGCCUGUGUCAUCAUGUUCAAACUCAACUGAUCAAUAUCUUCCGGAUCGUUUCAAAAAUUAAUUAGCGCCUUUUUUGUCAAUCCAUAAAUUAUCAAGUUAUUGAUUGAUUUUUAUUUAGAGAUAAAUUUUGAUUCAUGAGUUUUUACAAAAAUUUUGAAACUACUUCUGGCCAAAACCAAUAUUUUAGUUUUACUUUAAAUGUACAUUCUUUAAAAGUUUUUAGAAUUUCGGGUACGUGAGGACUUGGUAAUAUUUUUGUUGGCCGCAACUUGAAGAAUUUUUUCUUAUGACAGCUGAUUAAUUUAUAACGUUUA